AUGGGCGUCUUAACUCGGGCUCGCAGCCGCCGAGCUGAUCCUCAACCCGCGGCACCCGCAAAACCGAAGCCUAACAAGCUUCAAAAGAAGAACCCGCGUCAGACACGCGCCGAAUCGACCACGCCAGGCAAUGCGCCUGUGAUCGAGACCGACACGCAGUGUCCAGAGACUGAAUGGGUAGAUCCGCUCCAAGCACGCGCGCGCCCGUCCUGGGCUGAUCCCGAUUCCAUUUUCACGCCGCGAGUGAACGCCAUCCUCAAAACCAUGCGGCCGAUUGGGCAGUACCCGACCGCGGGCGACUACAAGAGCGUUGGACUGACGCCUCCGACGAAGAACGCAAUCAAGCGCGCGUUCAAGUUCACGGUGCGCGCGACUGACGAGGGCGUGGAUGCCAUUAUCACCGAUGCUCCGACGCCAAUCACGCCUGUGGCAGAUGAUGGACUCGUUUCGGACGACACGCUGGUCAAGGCUGAUGAGGGUGCCUUGGGCGUAGGCAAGGAUUUGGGGACCGUGAAGGGCUCGGUUGAGGCAGCAGACGAGGUAGCAAACAAGGCAGCUGUCGAGGCAGCUGUGGUGGGGGACCUGGUGAGAGAUGCGGACGUAGGUGAGGUUCGGGGCAGUAGCCUGGCCACCCCAACCUCUGAAGCAAUCGGACUUCAGACCACACAGACAUCUCUCUCUCCUCUCGAAACACCAGUCGACACCCUCGCAGAAGAACUCUUUACCAACCCUCUUCUGACUGCUCCUGAUACACUUCACACUACUACCCUCGACACGCAAGAAAAACCCCUACAAGCACACUCACCUCUUAUCACAACUCCUCUCAUCACAACGCCUCUGGAAGUCAUGGAUACCAUGGCCUCCGAAAUUGAAAAGCCCGUGGACCGCGAUCUCAUCGCCGUCCUGAGCUCUCUCCCCGUUCCUCAGUCCAACAAGUACGAUGUGGCUCAGCUGAAGCAAGUCGUCGCAACCUCGAUCUCUUACGCUUGCGAGGCCGGGAAUGAUGAAGUGGCCAUGAGUCUACUUCACUACUGGUCCGGGAUCUCGGACGAUGAUUUCAAGCUGUCCCUGAUCUACAACAUGGGUCUGAAGGAGAUUGACCACAUCCUGGAAGCCGUCCUGAAGACCAUGUUGCGCCAGUCGAUGGAGGAUGCCUCGGAGUGGCAGCGACUCCAGCCUCUCGUCUGCCCAGUCCCUGGAGGAGCCCCAGGGGGGCAAACAUUUAAAGUCGCAGACAUCUACCGCGAUACCUCCGGCCCCCGCCUCGAAGAUCUUUUCAACACCGGCAAAUCCAACACUGCUCCGUUGAAACGGCCUAAGAAGCCUUGCCCGGUGAACGAAAAAUCGUUCAAGCGCCGUCGUGAGUGGGAAUCUGACCCCUCACUUGAUCAGACCCUGCGAGCAAAACGUGCUCGCCUCCUCAGGGACACCGAACCAGAACCUGAGGAAGCGAUGGUUUCGCUCAGCUCACUUCGCCCGAGAAAGGGCCGGAGUGCCACCGUCGACCAUCCCCCUCCCACUCAGUUCCCUGACACCACUGACAGGGAAGCGAUCGCUCAGUCAGUGGAGGUCACUUCAGACCCAACCCCCCUGCACCCGCGCAACGAGGUGGCCGAGGACGUGGGCGUGGUGGCCCAGCCAGAGACUGCUGCUGCUGCCGCCGCUCCUUCGGCUUCCGCUCCUGCUGCCGCCCCCGCCCAGGUUCUUGGGAAGCGCCGUCGAGAGUGGUCACUCGACACCACCGUCUCUGCCGAGUCGGAAAUGUCCAACGAGUGCUACUCCGAUCGGGAGAACGACUGGCACGGCGAGUACGAUCGGCGCCAGAUGCCGAAUUCAAUCGAACCGCCUGAUAACAGUGACAACUGUUAUGAAUGCGACCAGGUGGGCAAUCUCCUUUGCUGCGACACCUGUGAAAACGCAUUCCAUUUCGAAUGCCUACGUCCUCCCGCGGAUCCCAACAACCCGCCGCAGGGUGAGUGGUACUGCCCAAGCUGUGGAGUCCGCAACCCCCUCACCACCUGGAUUGCGCAUGGCCGCCACAAAAAGCGCAAGACCGAGUACACCCCUCCUACCGACAUCAAGGACUACUUCAUCGGCGUCACGGAAGGUCUGCAGUUGGACUCUGCCGAGCCCAAGAACCUCAGGAAUCGGCGUUUCUACAAGACGGUUCCCCACAUACCCCGUCUGACUAAGCCGCCGAGGACCAAAACUGCCACUCCUGCCUACGAGGAUGAGAGCUUCCUGAGGAUGUUCGACACCGACAUUAAGCGAGCAAUCCUCUGCAACAUUUGUGGGCGGUGCACAGAUAACGUGCGCCCGAUCAUCCGCUGCGACUACUGCCCUUCUUACUUCCACCUGGACUGUCUUGAUCCUCCCCUUGCGAUCCCCCCUAACCCUCGCGCUGGGUGGAUGUGCCCCAAGCAUGUUCGACCUGAGGACCUUGUCAUAACCAAAAUGGUUGAUGGUCGUCUGCAAGAGCGCCGUCCGCGCCGUCCCAAGCACACUGUCACUUCCGUUGACUUCGACAUUAUUCCUUACGACGAUGUCAAUGAGAGCACUUUCGAUGAUGACUUCCGUGAGAAGCGUCAGCUCCGUGAGGCAGGGGAUGUCAUCCUGGACUUUAUCUCCGCCGUUCAAGAUGACUCUGCUCGUCGACAGAAGAAUUUCUUUGCUGGUCUCACCGAUACAUGCCUCAACCUUACUAAGAACAUGGUUGAAGAGCAUCUUGCGCGGAACAGCGCCUCAUCUGCUGAUGAAGCCACCGCAGCAAUCGCCCCGGCUAUCAACGAGGCAAUCGAGAACCUGCAAAGUGGCAAGUCGACCAAGGACCAGUAUGAUGCUGCCCUUACUCUUGUUGGAUUUGCCAAAGGCGAUUCAACCUCUGCGGAGUGA